AUGGCGAGUAGUGCACUUUUCGCCUUGGUCCUGAAUCGAACACGUUUCGAGAAACCUACAUCUGAUCGCCUCUCGCCUCCACAGUUCUUCCGACAUCUACGAAUUGAGACAGUGUGUAUCCUAGAGCUACAAUGUUGUGCCAUUUUCCUUGCGGUCGUCAACGAUCCUGCUGAAGCAGCCCACUCUUUCGGAUGUAGAAACUCGUUGAUUUCGGAUGAAUGGAGAGAGAUGGUUGUGAAGUUCCAUAAUGAUAAGCGCAGAGCAGUAGCACAUGGAGAGCAAGCAAACAAAGCUGGAACUCCGGUUUUGUCUCCGGCUAACAAAAUGAAUGCGCUGACAUGGGAUUGCAACUUAGAACGCUUUGCUAACGAUGAAGCCGCAAAAUGCGUGAACUACGCUAACAAUCAAUUUGGAAUCAAUCAAGCUACCUUUGUUGCCGGCAAAGUUUGCGAUGAUGCCGAAAAAACCCGCGAAGUGUUGAAUAAAUGGUGGAACGAAGUAACGACAAUAGGUUUGGGAAAUGAUCAAAAGUAUGCCGCGGGUCUCGAUAAUUUUGCAAAUAUGGUCUACGAGGACACGAAUGCCUUCGCGUGUAGUUUCGCAAAAUGCUCCGACAACAUAAGAUUGCUCUGCUUAUACAACAAAGUUGGUAACGAGGCCAACAAGGUGCUGUAUGAGAAGGCUGCCACUGCCGACGUAGCGUGCGAUGGGUGCGCUCAGGGUUCGCCGUGCCAGGCCUGGCUCUGUCAACCUCCAUUCACCCCAGCCGCUAACGAUGAACAAUGCGCGGAUGAUGGAAUGACGAAUGACAUGACGAACACGGCCCUCCAUAUGCACAACUACUACAGAGGUUUACUGGGCAGUGGAUGGGCAGAUGAUAAAAUUAGAACUUAUGCUCCUCUGCCAAAGGCGAUGCCUCAAUUAAUGUAUGGUUGCAAGGACCUGGCUAAAGAGGCGGCAGAUAAAGCUGCUGCUUGCAAAGAAACUCCUGAUGCUCCGAGCGUAGCAACGCGCUCUCAAAAUCACUUUACUAUCAAGAAUGUUGAUAUCAAACCAGAAGAUGCCCUUAAGCAGGCAAUUUCUACCUGGUGGGAAGAACUUGCUGACAUAGGCGUUGGUGACGACACUAAAUACACUGACAAGAAUAAAAAUAAACUAGAACAUUUUGCUAAUAUGGCUUAUGAUCAGACGAAAAGUGUUGGAUGCAGUGUUAAAACAUGCACGAAAGAAGGACUCACUGUGGUUGUUUGCCAGUACGACCAGAAAAUUGCCGUGAACACUAAUAUCUACGAAGUUGCCAAGAGCGGCAACAAGGCGUGUUCGGGCUGCGACGGUAAGAAGUGUGGAACUCUGGAAGGAUUGUGCGUUCCCUCUCCUUGA